AUGAAGUCAGAGUGUUCAGGAGAAAAAUCAACCCUCCGAAGUGCCUCUCCUCACAGGAAUGCUUAUAGGGCUCAUUUCCAAGCCCUGAGAACAAAUUUUGAUGAAGAACAAGAAACAGGAGCAACUUCUCAGCAAACUAGGGGGAGGACAUAUGGCUCUAAUGUCAACAGGAUUAAAAAGAUAUUCAUGCAAAUGGCCACAGAGCCUAGUGAGAGUGCUGAUGGAAUGACAAAGACCAGAGGUAGAAGUAGCCUAUUAUCUCCUGAAAGAAGGAACAGGCCUAUAGAGAUUGUGGAGAAAGCAGAUGGAUCAGUUGUACAGUUAGAAGCUUCUGUUUCAGAAAGGAUUAGUAGAUUUGAUGCUAUGCGCGAUGAGUUUUCCAAAUUUACUGAAACCAGGAAAGUGUUUAAAAGAAAUGAAGAAACGCAGCCUUCCAAACACUAUUCCUCAAAGAAGGAGAAAGCAGUCUCUGCUAAUGAACGUCCAGAUGAAUUAUGUAUCUCUAAGUCAAACAAAGCAACUGCCCAAGAAGAUUUAGUGGACAGUUCUAGUUCAAAAGCAGAGACUGUUUCUCCAACUGUGAGUCAACUUAGUGCAGUGUUUGAAAACAUUGAUGCACAAAAAGAUGUAAUUGUUUCAGAAAAAGAAAGCAGUGUAGAGUUUACUGUAACUGGCCACUACCCUCUAAAUCUGUCUGCAGUCAACGAAGAUUUGUCUUCCACAGUUGGCAAUCUUGAUGGCUUUAGUCCAUUAAAAGAUACCAGUGCUUGGCCCUUAUUAAAACAAAAUACUAGUUCAGUAUCUCUCGAGAAUUCUCCACAAACCCCUACUACAAUUAAUGAAGAAUCAAAAAGCACUUUGCCUGUUUCAGAAACAAGUGAAACACAACUUAAAAGCGACUACUACUCUUCUGGUCCCUCUGAAGUACUUGAACAAGAUAUAGUAGAGGGAUUUAACAAACAGGAUUUGAGUGAGAAUAAGGCAGAAACAGAAUCUAAAGCAUCCUCUUUACCAAAAAAGAUAUUUGAUGGAGCUGAAAAUACAGAAAUGCCAGGAAACCUUGCCGUUACUGAUGACACUGAUUUCCACGUAGCUUCAUUUUUAGUUGAAGAUAGAAAUGUAAGGGAAGUGCAAAAAGAACAAGAUGAUUUCCAGAGCUCUCAUGGAUCUAAACAUGACGAUUGCAAUGUUCAUAAGAUAGAAUCAAGAUAUAGUUUUGAUUGGGGGGAGAUUUGUACUGAAGAGGAUGACCAAGAAGAUAGUGAGGAUAACAGUUAUUAUGAGCCUGACACAGAAUAUUUUGAAAUUAGUGGAUUAUCAGAAGAAGAUGAAAUCCCACCAAGCAGAAAAAUUAAAUUUAGUACUGCUCCAAUUAAGGUUUUUAACACAUACUCUGAUGAAGAAUAUGACCGGAAAAAUGAAUCAGUUGAUCCAAUAUCGUCAUCUGCAGAGUAUGAAUUAGAAAAACGUGUGGAAAAGUUGGAUCUUUUCCCAAUAGACAUUGAAAAAGAUGUACAAGGAUUUGGUAUCACUAUUAUUGGAAUGGGAAUUGGAGUAGAUACAGGCUUUGAGAAGUUAGGUAUAUUUAUCAAAACUAUAACCGAUGAUGGCCCUGCAGAAAAAGAUGGAAGGAUGCGGUUAAAUGACCAAAUUAUUGAAGUAGAUGGAGUCAACAUGGUUGGUGUCUCACAGGAUUUUGCCUCUGCCGUUCUCAGACGUACUAAAGGAAGAGUCAGGUUUAUAAUAGGCAGAGAAAAAGCAGGCCAAGUAAGUGAAGUGGGUAAAUUGAUUAAACAGACCAUAGAGUAUGACCAGCGCCACAGAGGCCGCCAUUAUGCCCAUUAUGAAGCUGAUGAUGAUGAUGAUGAGGAAUGUGCUACAGAUGAAGAUGAAGAAGAUAUUGGAGCCUUUUCAAGAGGCAGAAAGACCACUCACUUUUUUGAAUGUCCUGAAAAUGAUGACAUGCUUUCUCCUAAAGAACUGGAAAGAUUGGCUCAGAAAUUUAAAGAGUUGCAAGUCAAGCAUACAAUUACAGAAACUGAGAUUAAACAGCUGAAAAAAAAGCUGCAGAUUGCCGAAAAUGAGAAAGUAAGGUGGCAGGUGGAAAGGAACAUACUUCACCAGAACAAUAGGGAAAACAAGGAAAGGAUGGCGAAAAUAGAGGGUUAUUGGGUUGAAGCACAAAGUCUGUGUCAUAAUGUAAAUGAGCAUCUGAAGGACUCACAGGAUCAAUAUCAGGUCUUGGAGAAGAAAUACAACAAAGCUAAGAAACUAAUCAAGGACUUUCAAGAAAAAGAACUUGACUUUAUGAAGUACCAUGAUGAUGACAAGAAAAAACUUGAAGAUCUGGAAAAAGCUCAUUUUCUAGAAGUUCAGCAUUUACAAGCUCGAAUUAGAAAACUGGAAGCAGAAGUGUUUGAGCUACUGAAGCAAAACGAAAGCCAAAUGAAUAACAACAACAAUAUCGUUGAACAACAAAACUCUGUUGGAGAAUCUUCAAAAGAAGAUACAGCAGAAACACCUGAUGCCUUAGAUCAAGAUUUCAAUGAAGCAGUCCCUGAAACAGAAAGAUCGGAUUCUAAAGCUCUGAAAACUCAUUUGCAGCUUUCAGUGAAAAACAAAAGGUCACAGCCAACCAGAACAAGACUUUGUGACAGCAUCAGCUCCACAGAUGGAGAAGACAGUCUUGAAAGAAAGAAUAUCACGUUUAAUGACGACUUCAACCCAAGUAGCACCAGCUCAGCUGACUUGAGUGGCUUAGGGACAAGUGGCUUAGGAUCAAAAACCCCAGGAUUUUCACACUGUGUAGUCGUGUCUUCUGAUGAGAGCUUGGAUAUGAUUGAUGAUGAGAUUCUUGAUGAUGGACAAUCUCCCAGGCACAGCCAAUUUCCAAAUUGUGCUGUUUCAGAAUGGAGUGUGCAGCAGGUUUCCAAUUGGUUGAAGAGCCUGAAUUUAGAACAUUGUAUUUCUGAAUUUACAGCCCAUAAUAUAAAUGGAGAAUGUCUCCUUCAGCUGGAUGGCAGUAAACUCAAGUUCCUUGGUAUGACAUCUUCCCGGGAGAGAGCUGUGAUUAAAAAGAAAAUCAAAGAAAUGAAAGCAAAUCUAGAAAAAGCCCGCAAAGCUCAAAAGAAGAUGGAAAAGGAAAAGGAAAAACUUAAGAAGAAGGAAAAUGAUCAGUUUUAAAGGAAGUGCAGAAAGCUGUAAAAGCAAUCAGCAGAAUGA